AUGCCAAGUAAUACUACUCUGAACGAUAAUUACAAUAAGAAACAAUUAAACACCACCACCAUUCCAGCUGACGGCCAACAGCAACGUGUUUUAUCUACUCAUGCUCAAAAUAUAGUGAACAACAAUGAUAUUACAUCCAAAAUUCACCCGUAUAUGUUGAGUGAUUUAUUAUUGCAAAAAGGUCCUUUAGCUAUCAGAUUUAUCACCAACGGUUUGGACAAGGAUGUUCCCGGGUUUAAAAAACUAAGUGCUUCUAAACAAAGAAGGGUUAUAAUGAGUUUAUUAGAAAAUGGUGAUGAAUUGAACUCUGUAGUCUUUGAAAAAAUAGGUUGGGGUCAAUGGAGGGCUAGAAAAGUUGAGGACCCUAAGGAUUUCAAAAAAGAAUUGGCCUCGGUGUUGGCUGCCAAUGAGAAAAUCAAUAAUGACUUGAAAACUCAACAACAAUUGAGUCAUAGUUUUGAGAAUGGAUUGCAAGAGAGAAAGAAUUUUAUCAAACAAAAUAACAGCCAUAUAACUGCUAACAAAUUAAAUAAUAACAGUUAUUUUGACGAAAACGUAUUAGCUUCAUCAUCAUCAUCAACAUCUUCUUCUUCCCCACCAUCCGAUAACGAAAAUAAUGACAACAAUGAUGUAUUUUUUGAAGAUGAUGAGGAAGAAGACUAUUUCCAUAGCAUGGACAAGAAUAGGAGAAAAUCUAGUGUAUUGUUAAGUGAAAGACCAUCUCCCCCAACCGCUAAUAGCACUAAUAAUGCAACUAUUUCCAAAAUAGUAAAAAUAACACAUCGUAGGAAAUCAUCAACUAGAAGAAACAGUAGUAAUAAAAAUGACUUUUUAUUCAAUAAUAACAACAAUAAUAAUAACAACAGCAACAACAAUGGAAAUAGUCACAGUGCUACUUCCUCUAACAACGCGAUAAAUAUAAUUCAAGACAAUAACGUUACGGAAACUAACAGUAUUAUAAAUACUACAAAAAAUAAAAGCAAGAAUAACAACAACGGUAAAAAUAAAGAUUUUGGAGAUGAAAAUAUGCCUCGUAUAAGUAAUACAGAAUCUUGUGUUAGAACAACUGUUUCAUUAGCUACCCCAGCUUCCAAUAAUGACAAACUAUAUCAAGAACAGCAACAUUCUGAUACAGACGAUGAAGACUGGGCGAGCAUAGGUCCCGAGAAAUUAAGGAUAUUAAAGAAAAAUUGUCGUUUUAUGGAUAACAAUGGUGGUACUGGUACUGCCAUAGGUAAUGAUGCUGCUAAUAUAGACGAGACUACUAAUGCUGCAUUUUUAUUAAUGAAAUUGAAAUCUGAACAAAAGUAA